GCCACUCCACGCUCCACGACAUUCACCACCACCACGGCACCACCCUGUCCCUUCAGCUCCAACGUGCAUGAGAGACGCCACUCGCGGUACCCACGCGGCGGCAGAGGCGCUGGCGGCCCGUCGUCCGCGCCGAGCAAUGGCGUCCCCACUGCUCUGCGGCUGCGCCCUCCUCCUCUACCUACUUGGCCACCUCGCGACCUGCCACGCCGCCAGGGACACCAUCACGCCGAGCAGCCCGCUGGCGGCCAACGAGACGCUGGUCUCGGGCGGCGACGGCAACUUCGCGCUGGGCUUCUUCACCCCGCCGGGCGCCAACAGCACGUACCUCGGCGUGUGGUACAACAAGGUCUCCCUCCGCACUGUGGUGUGGGUGGCCAACCGCGAGGCCCCGAUCGCGGGCGCCGUCGGGGACAACCCGGGCGCCACGCUGUCGGUCUCCGGCGGCGGCACGCUGGCCAUUGCCGCGGGGAACGGGACCGUGGUGUGGUCCGUCCGGAGCGCGUCCAGCAGGCGGCUGGCGAGCCCGGCCGCCCAGAUCCUCGACAACGGCAACCUGGUGCUGAAAGACGGUGCCGGCGGCGGCGGCGCCGUGGCGUGGGAGGGGUUCGACUACCCGACGGACACGCUGCUCCCGGAGAUGAAGCUGGGGAUCGACUACGUGAAGGGGAAGAACCGGACGCUGACGUCGUGGAAGAGCCCGUCGGACCCGUCCACGGGCCCCGUCGCCAUGGUGAUGGACACCACGGGCGACCCGCAGGUGUUCAUCUGGAACGGCGGCGAGAAGGUCUGGCGCUCCGGCCCCUGGGACGGCGUCCAGUUCACCGGCGUGCCCGACACCGCCACCUACUCCGGCUUCACCUUCAGCUUCAUAAACAGCGCGCAGGAAGUAACGUACAGCUUCCAGGUGCAUAACGCGUCGAUCAUCUCGCAUCUGGGCGUCGUGAGCUCGGGCAACUACGGCCUGCUGCAGCGUUCGACGUGGGUGGAGGCGGCGCGGGCGUGGAACCUGUACUGGUACGCUCCCAAGGACCAGUGCGACGCGGUGUCGCCGUGCGGCGCCAACGGCGUGUGCGACACCAACAACAUGCCGGUGUGCUCCUGCCUGCGCGGCUUCACACCCAGGACCCCCGCGGCGUGGGCGCUGCGGGACGGGCGCGACGGCUGCGUGCGGUCGACGCCGCUGGACUGCCGCCGUAACGGCACCACCAGCACCACCGACGGGUUCGUCGCGGUGCGGCACGCCAAGGUGCCCGACACGGAGCGCAGCGCGGUGGACUGGAGCCUGACGCUGGAGCAGUGCCGGCAGGCGUGCCUCCGCAACUGCUCCUGCACGGCGUACGCGAGCGCCAACGUCAGCAGCGGCGGCGGCGGGCGCGGCGGCGGCGCCGGCGGAGGGUCGGGCUGCGUCAUGUGGACCACGGGACUCACCGACCUGCGCGUGUACCCCGACUUCGGGCAGGACCUCUUCGUCCGCCUCGCCGCCUCUGAUCUCGAUGUGCUGGAAGGCAGAUCAAGGGCGGCACGCAUUAGAAUCGCGGUUGGUGUCAGCGUCUCGCUGCUGGCGCUUCUUCUAGCGGUUGCUGGCCUCCUCAUCUGGUUAAGAAAGAGAAGGCUAACGAGAACAGCCGGAUCCAGCAAAUGGAGCGGCUCACGCAGCACCGGCCGUCGGUACGAGGGGAGCAGCCAUGGUGACGAUCUGGAGCUGCCAAUAUUUGAUCUGGGCACAAUUGCAGCCGCUACGGAUGGUUUCUCCAUCAACAACAAGCUUGGCGAGGGUGGCUUUGGACCAGUAUACAAGGGUAAACUCGAGGAUGGAAUGGAGAUCGCAGUGAAAACACUCUCGAAGACAUCCGCACAAGGUCUUGACGAGUUCAAGAACGAGGUUUUGCUGAUAGCCAAGCUCCAGCACCGGAAUCUUGUUCGCCUUCUCGGAUGCAGCAUUAGCGGACAGGAAAGGAUGCUUGUUUACGAGUACAUGGCAAACAAGAGCCUGGACUUCUUCCUGUUUGAGAAAGACACUGUGGUGCUUGACUGGCAAGUGCGGUAUCGUAUAAUAGAAGGCAUCACUCGAGGUUUACUCUACCUCCACCAGGACUCGAGGUACAGAAUCAUCCAUAGAGAUCUGAAGGCGGCCAAUGUUCUCCUAGACAAGGAGAUGACUCCCAAGAUUUCAGACUUUGGCAUGGCAAGAAUAUUUGGCAACGAAGAGACGGAAAUUAACACCUUAAAAGUGGUUGGCACAUAUGGUUACAUGUCUCCGGAGUACGCAAUGGAUGGGAUCUUCUCUGUCAAGUCGGACGUGUUCAGCUAUGGAGUACUAUUGCUGGAGAUCGUUAGUGGCAGGAGGAACAGGGGAGUGUAUUCCAGUUCAAACAACCAAAGCCUUCUAGGCCAUGCAUGGAGCUUGUGGAACGAGGAGAAGAGCAUAGAGCUAGCAGAUGAGAGAAUGAACGGACAAUUCAACUCAGACGAAGUGCAGAAGUGCGUCAGGGUUGGGCUACUGUGCGUGCAAGAGAAUCCAGACGACCGUCCGCUGAUGUCUCAGGUGCUUCUGAUGUUAGCUAGUCCUGAUGCCGCAUCACUGCCGACUCCUAAGCAACCUGGCUUCGCAGCUAGGAGAGUUCUAAUGGAAACAGACACAUCAUCGACCAAGCCCGACUGCAGCGUGUUUGACAGUGCGACAACCAUCAUGCUUGAAGGUCGAUAGAAGUUACUCGAUCACUCGCCUCAGAAUAAGUGUCGUGUCAGUCAAGUUUUUUUUAAAGUUUUGACUAGGUUUGUAGAAAUAUUAGCAUCUUCAAAUAAGUUUAUUAAAAAUAGAUUUAAUGAUCUAUCUAUCAUAUAUACUAUAAAUAUUAAUAUUUUUAUAUAUUUAGUUACAUUUAAAAUUAUUUAAUUUCUAGAAAGCGAGACAGCUCUUAUUUUCGGACGG